GUCAUCACCAUGCCAGACGGGUCUCUCAAGUUUGAGAGGGGUGUGGACGAAUACAGCUAUGAUGGCAUGGAUUUCCUUUCCUUUGAUAUGGAUUCAAUGCAGUGGGUGGCCCCUGUUCAUGCAGCUGUAGCCACAAAACAAAAGUGGGACGGGGUGCCAACCCUAAACCAGUACACCAAGGGCUACCUGGAGACAGAGUGUGUGCGUUGGCUGGGUGAUUUCAGAAGAUACAGGGACGAGAAGGAAAAGCAGACAGAUCCAUCAAAGAUUCAUCUGUUUGCUAAAGAUGGCCAAUCCUCAGAUACAUUCAAUUUGACCUGUAUGGCCACAGGCCUCUACUCAAGAAACACUGAGAUCAGCAUCCUAAAGGGUGACUGGUCUGUAAAGAAAGGUUGUAAGGAACCUACGGAUUUCUUGCCCAAUGAUGAUGGAACCUACCAGAUCAGACUGAGUGUGGACGCAAAGAAAUCAGAGAUAGAUGAUUAUGGAUGUGAGGUGAAUCAAGGGGACCAGAAAACCACACUUGUAGCCCAAUGGCCCAAAGAUGGAAUAUUAUCUGCUGCAGCUCCCUCCUUCAUUGGACUGUGUGUGCCAGUUGUGGUGGGGGUGCUGGUGGUGGUUCUGGUGCAGGUGAUCGUGAUCGUGGGGGCCAUUUGUGUGAAAAGAGGCAUUAUUGGUAAGUUCUCUAAAUGACAGAAAUUGAAAGCA